UUUGACAACUAGUUGACAUUUAGAUUUUAUCUAUUUAAUUUAUUGUAAGUUCUUAUUCUUUUAUAGCUUUUCCACGUUUGCAAAAUACUGGCUAUAAUCAAAGAAUUUUAUUAAAACCAGUCCAUUUAACAGUAUUAGUUUAUAGUUAACCUGCAUUUAAAUAAUAAUGGUGGACACAGCACGAUUGACACGAUAUGCAUCACCUGUAAACCCAGCAAUAUUUCCCCACCUGACACUAGUUUUACUAGGAAUAGGCAUCUUCUUCACAGCAUGGUUCUUCGUAUAUGAAGUGACUAGUACAAAGAAAUCUAGAAGUCUGAAGAAAGAGCUGCUUGUAGCUCUUGUAGCAUCAAUUUUUUCUGGAUUUGGAAUCCUAUUUCUACUGCUUUCUGUAGGAAUAUAUGUAUAAUAUUUUAGGUGGUAUAUUUUCGUAAGAUUAAUUUUCAUAAGUACAUCAUUGAUAUUUGUUAAUAUUUUAUUAUGCAUUAAACUUUUAAUAGAAACGUA